GAAACCCAGAUAAGUUGUAUUACUGAGCAUCCAGGUUUUCAGUCAAUUUGCCUUGAUUUCUGGGUGCUGGAGACGGCCAAUUACGCGUACAGGCAGCAGCAAGGCACAGAAAUCACACCAGAAACGAGUAAGCUAAAUGUUUUCUGUUUCAUCUGUUUUGUUACAUUUUAAGAUCGAUUUGCUUGGGUUGUUUCUGCCAUUGAUUUAAUAAUACAGUACUAGAGCUAGUUGUUUUUCGCUUCUUUCCUGGCAGGAAAUUUCGCUAAAUUGCCUAUAGAUAGCUUGUUCGUUAGUGUUGGGAAUAUCUCGGCAAACACUUCAGGGUCGCUGUGCCAUCUUGUGCGGUAAACAAUAUCCGAAACUUUUUUCCUGCGGAUUUUGGAUCCCCUUACACUGGAUUAAAACCGCCAAACCUUUGA